CAGCACUUGUGUAACGCCGGUCCGCCUGUACAUACACGUCCCAGAGCGAGAGACCGCUGUCAUUACAAAGCUGGAAGAGCUUUAGCAAAGCCUACAGGGAACCGGAAACCAGCAGCAGACACAAUGACAUGAGAUUAGUAACGAGUGAAGCCCCUAAACGUGACGUCGACAUGACAGAAACCAGCCGUGCCCUUCCCAGCUUUCACAGGAACAUGAUGAAAGCCAGAGUGAAACGGCUCAGGUGAACUUCCUCAGUAUCUGAGAUCACACUUCACAGAAGUUACGUUGCCAGGUGUGACAUCAGCACAGACCAAACAAACGCAGAGCUUUAGGGAGGGUCAGACUCCAUCUGCACCUGCGGAGCUUCACCUGUUUGACAAUCUCUGGACUUUAACACUCGGGAUCUACGACGGACUCUGUACUGCAGAAGCAGAGCUCAAAAACAAGACAAAACUGCAAAGAUCUCUUGGGUUACGCAGAAACACCUCUAACGUUUGCUGGCUUCAGACCUCAGAUGUUCAGAUGUGGGCGUGAAACACCUGCACACCUUUCCAGAACCAAGCUUUCUGCCACCAGCUGACGCUCAUCACUUGCUGUCUCACUGCUGAAGUCUUAAGAUGCCCUUGGGGACGUCGUUACUCCGCAAACCCACGUCUGGACGCUGGCAGAGGAGGCAGUCGAACCGAAAGGAGGUUUUGUCGGUCAACAUGAUCAGCCUUCCUCUGGGUGAUUUCCGUCACCUGUCUCACAUCGGCACAGACGGACACACCGAAAGUUUCGGAGACCUGUCGUUCCUGAAGGAGGGCCACAGUCUCCUGCUGCAGAGCUCCAAGAGCGAGCAGAACCUGUUCCUCCCGCCGCCGCCCAAGCCGCCUCGCAUCAACCUGGACGAAGCGGGCCGGUGCAGCCCGGUCUGGGAACACACCCCGGCCCAUCAGAGGCAGAAGUGCAGCUCGCUUCCCCUCCUGGACAUGGAGGAAGACGAGGACACGUGUUCACACACAGAGACGACUGGCAUCAGCUGGAGUCCUGCACGCGGCAGCCUGAGCUCCGGACGGGAUUCGACCCAAACCAACCCAGAGGAAACACAGCCGGACCAAAUGGACUCGGCGUUCACGUUCAGUCUGGAUCUGGGACCGUCCAUACUGGACGCCGUGCUGCAAGUGAUGGAUAAAGUCCAUCAAUCGUGAACUGGAAACUAGGGCUGUCAAAUAAAAUUUCGAAUUUUGAUUAUUUGUCGAAUUAAAAAAAAAAAUCCACAUUCGAAUACAAAAACGUUGUAUUUGAAUUAGGGAUGGGCGGUAUCUUAUCGUUUGCGAUAUACCGGUAAAAAUUCUCCCCACGAUAAGAAUUAAGGUCCUUGCACACAUUUUCGUAUGCGUUUUUUCAUUUUUGUGUAUCCGUUAUCUUUUCCUAUCAAAAUUCUUGUUACGGAUACGAAAACGCUAAAAAUCGAACCUGAUCUGAAUUUUUUUUUAUGAUGGACGAAACUUUCGGAGGAAGUGUGUAAACGUGAUUGACACAACGUGAGGUAUUUAUUUUUUAACGUGCGAAAAUUUCGGACGAGAAUUUCUGACUCUGUGUGCAAAGACCUUUAAUCUUCCCGCGAUAAUAACGAUAAAGCCUAGUUGUUGACAUUUUUGUGUGCGACCAUACGAAGCGACAUGGCGGAAGACGGAUGUGAAACUGAGGAAAAUAUCGGAGGAAGAUAUCGCUAAACGAGGAGCUCCUUCUACAGUCUGGAACUGGUUUGGUCAGGGCUGUACAGUGCGACAAAAAUCGGUCUGAGCCUUGAAUAAAUGUACUAUAG